AUGGCUAAAGACGACGACAACUCGAAAUCCUCCACAGAUGGGGAAUUUUCAAACCCUGAUCACCCAUAUUAUAUUCACCAAUCUGACCAUCCUGGAAUGGUCUUGGUCGGCAAGCCAUUAUCCGGAGAUAACUAUAGCACUUGGAGCCGCCAGUUUCGACUAGCCUUGAGCGCAAAGAACAAGACAGGCUUCCUCGAUGGUUCCAUCACGAAGCCGUUGAAAGCGAAGCCGGAAUUUGAUAGGUGGCGGCGUUGUAAUGACAUGGUCUUAUCAUGGAUCUUGAGCUCACUGGAACCAGAUCUUGCCAACAGUGUGAUCUACACCGACUCAGCACACGAAAUUUGGGCAGACCUUGAAGAGAGAUUCGCGCAGACUAAUGCGCCUCGGGUUUUCCCAGCUUCACAAGGAAGUAGCUACUCUUACACAAGAUCAAAUGCCCUUAUCCACGUACUAUUCGAAACUCAAGGGCGCGAGAAGAGGAGCAACAUUUAA